AUGGCGCUCGUGGAUGCUGAUUACAAGUUCAUCUGGGCAGACAUCGGCGGUAUGGGAUCAGCAUCAGACGCUCAGAUCUACAAUGCCUCUGAGCUGAAUAAAUGCAUUGAAGAUGGUAGUCUAGGCUUCCCUGAUUCCGAUCUUCUUCCCAACGACAACCAGGAUGUGCCCAACUUCUUCGUCGGCGACGAUGCCUUCACUCUACGACCCAACAUGAUGAAGCCGUACAGCCUCCGGGGUAUGACGCGGCCGGAGCGCAUCUUGAACUACCGGCUUUCCCGAGCCAGGAGGGUCGUAGAAAAUGCCUUCGGCAUCCUGGCCAACCGUUUCCAAGUUCUCCUGAGCACGAUCAGCAGCUAG